UAGCAACCUAACACUGUAAACGACUGUUAUGCUAUCGUCUUUUAUGAUGCCUUUUCUUGAAAAAGUAGUUGGAAGUUUUGAUGAGAGAUAGAGAGCAAUUCCUGCUUUGUAAAGGAUUUACUUUUUGCAUCCGCUCUAAAGAAGUGUUUAAAUGAGGCAUUUAAAGUCAGCUCUAAUAUUAACCAGAUUAGGGUCAUAAUCUGAACUAUAGUUAAAAGAAAAUUAUCUAUAUUUUUGAGUACUUUGGAAAUCCCCCCCCUACCAGCGCUCAUUGCAGCAUCAUCUUAAGACCCUCCCAGCAACAGCAGCAGGCCUCCAGUCCCCUCCUCUGACAUGGUGCAGGUGAGAGUUUCCACUUGUUACGCUAUUCAAAUGGGCGGAGGAGGAGGUAACAGAGAGAAACAGGGCACUCCAGAGAGAGAAAGCUCAUUUUGUUCGACUUACGUUGAGAUAAAAGCAUGAUUUUUAAACCACAGGUUGGGCCCAGAGCUGUCUCUGCUUCAUCCAGUCGCAUUAUGUCUCCAGUCUGUUUUAUGAAGGACACAGGUAUUUUAUGCCUGUUCCUAUCAGGACUCCUGCUGCUUCCAGCAUUUGUGUCUGGGGUCACAACAGAAAUGAGCACCACUUCUUCUGCCACUGAUUCAGUGUCAGAAGCCUCUAUCACCACUAUGCUCCAAGUUUCAACCAUGGAACAAACCACAACCGAAGCAAAUCCCCAAAUCUCUUCUUCCACUGUGUCCAAAACAGCAAAAGACACCUCCACCCAGUCCAGUACUAUGGUUUCUGGCAGUUCAACAGUCAACCCUACCCAGAGCAUCAUGUCCACCACUUAUGGAGGUACCGCAACAUCCACUGCAGCCCCGUCUCCCACAACUACCUUAAGCUCUAAAGGCCAAACAUCAGUCAGCACUCUCUCUGCUUCACCCACCUUGGCUUCAUCCAGCACCCACUCUGCCUCACCCACCUUGGCUCCAUCCAGCACCCACUCUGCCUCACCCACCUCCGGAGGCUCCUCACCAUUCAGCACCCACUCCCCUCCAACCACCUCCGGAGGCUCAGCAUUGCACAGCACCCUCUCUGUCUCAAGCACCUUACAAGACGGAAUGACUGCAAAAAACUCCACAUCAAAUUCUUCAAUGGAUAUGAUAUAUUGCCCUUCCUUCUCCUGCAACUACUCCGACUGCUACUCCAUGUACAACAGUCAGAAUGCCUCUGCUUGUGCUUCUGGAGAAUCAUGUCAGCUGUUGAGAUCAAUGGACAUGUGGUACAAUGUGAGCUGCAGUGCUUCUUGUGCUGAAAGUUGCAGCAACACCACUCAGACCACCUGUGCUGUGAACUGCUGUAACUCCACUGGCUGCCUUAGUGGCAAUUUUGCAUCCAUGAUGAUGACAACCACAGUGCCUGCAACCACCACAACAGCCUCCCCGACAACAACAACCUCAACAACCGCAAACAAUGGUAACAAAUGUCAGAAGGGUAUGUGUAAUGGUGAAAAUUGUUACCAAAUUUUCAAAAAUGGAAUGCCUGAAACCUGUUCCUCCAUGGAGCCACACUGUGAGUUGAAAAAGAAGAACUCUGGCUCCGAUGUUGUUUGGGAAGCAGGGUGCAGCAAUUGCACUGUUCAUACUGCCUGUAGGGGAUCUUCAACCACCUCAUGUCACCUGGAGUGCUGCACUGCCACCACAACCUCCUGCCUGAUGCUGAACGGCACGCUGAAUGUCCCUUCUUUCGCCACUAGAGGUCCCCAUCUUCACAUAGAGUUAAUUACUUCCUUGCUAUCUCUGCUUGCUCUCAGUCUGCUUCUCUGAGUUAAGGAGCAUACCUGCAGUCAUCAGUGUCUGUAUAUGUAUCUUGAUGGGGGUUAAUCUGUUAUUAUAUAAGUACAAACUUAUGAAAAGCAUCAGCUGAUUGCUGUGCUCGGUCUCUCCUUUCCAUUUCACAAUUAUUUCUGUUUAAAGACGAUCAACAGGGUUUUAAAAUCACAUUUUAUUAAAGAGCAUUAAACAAGAGAAAAAAAGUCAUCAACUGAGUCCUUACAUCCGUUCACGUUUUAAUAUUAUUUAUAUGAAUAUGAAGUGUAUAUUAAACAAAAAUGUAAGUAAAUGAUGAAUAUUUUAGAGAAGAUCUUGAUUCAUUUGCACUGCCUCACAUCAACUGUGAAUGGGAGAAAUCGGAGCCUAAAACAGCUCCGGCACAGAUCAUUUAUCAUAUAAAAAUAAUUUUUUGAAAUGAUGAAUCUUUAACCUUAUUUGCACUUUAAACAAUUCCAAAUGUUAAGCUGUUACAGGAAGUUGUGAAGGCUGGUUGCAGCAUUUUUUUCUUUUUCUUUUAGAUGUAACUUUCUUAAAGUGUGCAAUUCAAUAUGUAGCUACUUGCAUUUUAGUUUUCUGGAAUGCUGACUUAAACAUCUGUACUGUGGGGUCUACUAAGUUAAUAUUUCAUUUUCAAAGGGUGAUAUGUAAAUUCUAAAUGAAAUCAGAAAUGUACAUUUAUUAUAGCUUUGUAUACAAUAUGAAGUGCAAAAACUGUGCUUUAAGUUGAAUAAAUCUAAUCUUUAUCUGUGA